AGGGCACAUGUGUUAACCACAUGUUACCCAGGGACAGCUCAUUAACCCUUCGGGACGCAGUGACGCGUAAGCACGGAGUAAUUUUGCACCAAGUGUCCUAGGUCGGCCUCUGGAAUCACUCCUUGCUGUCGUUGAGGUCUUGGGCACUUGGUUCAUAGCUGCCCUGUCACCCCAAAUCCUGCCAUCUGCCAGAUCAUCCUCCUUCUAGCCAAUCUCAGACCAAGGAAAGGCCUUUUUUGAGGCCAGCUGGAGCUCUUCGAGCAGCCUGGUAGAGUAGAAAGGACAAGGACUUUUGGUACAGGAAACCUCUGAAGUAAUUAUUAUCCCCAUUCUACUGGUCAGGAGACUGAGGCUCAAGAAGACACAGUAACUUGCCCGUUGUCAUGUGACUUACAAGUGUUGGAACUGAAAGUCAUUUAGUCACGUACAAACUCUGGACUUUAUCAGCAGAUGAGUAGAUCUGGGUCGCCAUCCUGGCUCUGCUGUGCUCCCGGCUAGAUGUGACACCUGUUCGUGUGGUUUCACCGCUCAGAGCCUUAAUGUCACCUAUACCUUUUGUUCCACUCUCUCAUAGAGUUGUUGAGGGAUUAACUGAGGGAAAAAAGAUGUCAUACGACUGGCACAAAGAGACAGUCAACAGUAAGAAAAUCAGCCACCACCCCUUAAUCACCUCUUUCCGUCCCCUCUCUUUGUGGGGGGUGGGGCAAAGGGGAUGGAGGAGAAAGGGUCAACCAUGUGAGGUGCAGAGGUUGGCAUCCCAAGUUUGGCUGACCUAAGGAAGGAACGGAGUGAGGCAAAGUGCCACAUGGCUGAAAGAUCCCACCCAGGGAGUGGCUCGGAUGCUUCCAGCACAGACGUGUGUCCUUUCAUGUGUGGGAGGUAGGGGUGGAGCUGGAGCAGGAAGAUAUCACCACAGCUUAGAAGCCGCCACUCUUGCUUGUGAGGAGAGCCCCGGGAGGUUGCCGCUCACCUGCCGGCUCUCGCUCUGCUGGCUCCAGCACACACAGCGAGACCAUGGGUACCUUCCAAGGACACCUGCUGGCAGGAGUAUUCUUCCUCGUCUUCUCUCUGUACUAUGCAGUGAUGAUGUCCUUGGCCCUGCUGCGGGGACAGAGGUUACUCAGACCCCCUUUGCCCCCAAGGGAGAAGCGAGGACACAGGUGGUGGCAGCGGGUACCUGUGCAAGGGGUGAUGAAGGUGGUCAUUGCCCUGGGCGGCAUCAUUCCCGAGUUCUUCUACCCCCCAGGAGUAAACCGGAUGAAGAUAGUAGAUUGGGAGAACCCUCAGCGGCCGUUCCUAUUUUACAACAACUGGGGUCACGUCACCAUGUAUGGGUUCUUCAUGCUCAGUGGCGUGGUGGACAUCGUGAGCCAGGCAUGUCAAGCAUGGCAGAACGUCAAGCUGGAGCGAGCAGCUGAGGCCCUGGCCUUCUGUGUGCUGGUGCUGCUGAUGGUCGCCCACCUGGAGAACAAGGGCACCCUGGAGAUCCGCGUGCAUGUGCUGUUUGUGGUGCCCACCUUCCUGGUGAGCCUGGUGCUCAUCAUCGAGGUCUGGGUCCCUGACCAGCCCACGCUGUGGGUGCUCAAGAGCUGGCUGGGACUGGUGCUGAGCUGCUGGAUGUUACAGCUCUCUGUGCUGAUGUACGUUCCCCUCUCGGGGCAGCCCUGGAAGGCAGAGAACCCGGGGGACCUCACCUUCCUCACCAUCUUCUUUUGUUGGUACCUGGCCUUGGGUGCCGCCCUACUGGCUGCCGUCUACGGUCUCUGCAGCCUCUGGCACCAUCGCUUCUCCUCCUGGAGGGAGACCCCAGGGGCCAAGUACCAGCCGUGUCCCAGAGGCUACAGCAACGAGGAGCUGGAGAAGCUGGGGACAGAGGCCAUGCUACAGGAUGGGGGCGUCUAGGUACAGAAUCUGUCU